GCAAAGUCCUUAUCAAAUUCUUGGAGGUGAUCCUGAAGCGCUCAGACCGCGCGCGGGGCGAGCGAGCUGGCGCGGGCGGGGAGGGCCCCGGCACGCAAAGCGGACGCCGGGGAGGCACGCUGGGCGGCCGUUCGUCCUCGCCUUCGGGUGUCCAUGCCUCGGCGGUGGCGCCCCGCUCCACAGCGAGCGGCCUCCAAGCUGUAGCCAUGGCCGCCGUGGCUGUCCUCCGGAACGACUCGCUGCAGGCCUUCCUCCAGGACCGCACCCCCAGCGCCUCCCCGGACCUGGGCAAGCACUCGCCCCUGGCGCUGCUGGCCGCCACCUGUAGCCGGAUCGGCCAGCCAGGCACGGCAGCGGCCCCGGACUUCCUGCAGGUGCCCUACGACCCAGCGCUGGGCUCACCCUCCAGGCUCUUCCACCCCUGGACCGCGGACAUGCCGGCGCACUCACCGGGCGCGCUGCCUCCCCCGCAUCCCAGCCUGGGGCUGACGCCACAGAAAACGCACCUGCAGCCUUCUUUUGGGGCUGCACACGAGCUACCACUCACACCCCCAGCUGACCCCUCGUAUCCCUACGAGUUCUCGCCGGUCAAGAUGCUGCCCUCGAGCAUGGCAGGUCUGCCUGCCAGCUGUGCACCGGCCUACGUGCCCUACGCUACGCAGGCUGCCCUACCGCCGGGGUACUCCAACCUCCUACCCCCGCCGCCGCCUCCGCCUCCGCCGCCCACCUGCCGCCAGUUGUCCCCCAACCCGGCCCCCGACGACCUCCCGUGGUGGAGCAUUCCUCAGUCGGGCGCUGGGCCAGGGGCCUCCGCGGUUCCAGGGGGCGGCCUCUCCAGCGCCUGUGCCGGGCCCCCCCAUGCUCCGCGCUUCCCUUCCUCUGCUGCCGCUGCCGCUGCCGCGGCCGCCGCCUUGCAACGGGGCCUGGUGUUAGGCCCGUCGGACUUUGCGCAGUACCAGAGCCAGAUCGCCGCGUUGUUGCAGACCAAGGCCCCCCUGGCGGCCACGGCCAGGAGGUGCCGCCGCUGCCGUUGCCCCAACUGCCAGGCGGCGGGCGGCGCCCCUGAGGCGGAGCCGGGCAAAAAGAAGCAACACGUGUGCCACGUGCCGGGCUGCGGCAAGGUGUACGGGAAGACGUCGCACCUGAAAGCACAUCUGCGUUGGCACACGGGUGAGCGGCCCUUCGUGUGCAACUGGCUCUUUUGCGGCAAGAGCUUUACGCGCUCAGACGAGUUGCAGCGGCACCUGCGGACUCACACCGGCGAGAAGCGCUUCGCCUGUCCCGAGUGUGGCAAGCGCUUCAUGCGGAGCGACCACCUUGCCAAGCACGUCAAAACGCACCAAAAUAAGAAGCUCAAAGUUGCUGAGACCGGGGUUAAGCGGGAGAACCCGCGGGACCUGUGAGCCCAUCCUGGGGUGCCCCGAGGUCACUCCCGCCUCAGACCCCCUUCCCAGUACCUCUUGCGGAGGUCCCGGGGUCUGUGGGCAGCAGGCGCAAGAGACUUAGUAGAUGAACUUCAGUUGUCCGCCUCCCAAAGUAGAGCCGGGCUCUCACUUUCCUUAGCCCUAGAACAGAGGGACGGUUGGGAUCUGGGACUUGUAGGGUCAUGGUUGGGAUGUUGAGUUACCCUAGGAGUGGUUCUAAACUCUGAAUCAUUUCCACCAUCUGGGAGACCUACAGUUGGGAGGUAUCACCCAGAGCUGGCCUUGUAUAUAGGAAACGCUGCUGAAUGAAAGCGAAAGGACCUUGGGAGAUUUUAAAUAUUGCUCGGGUUUUCGCUAGGACCCUUCGGGCUUUGUACAGGUUAUUUAAUAGCUUUGUUAAAAGAGUAAUUAUAAUAAUUAUAACAUUAAUAAAAUGUUUUCUUUGUCCUCAGCUACACGCAGAGCUACAGCAUGAUAUGUCUCUGUAAAGCGACCAGCAGUUGCAGCGUGAAAAUAAAUACGUUAGGGUCACCUUAGGAAGACCCCGCAGAGUAGAUCUCAUUUGAUCUUUUCUUCUUCCGGGAGGCUUUACAAAGCGGUCAGGUUUCACUGGGAAUUUGAUGGCUCCAGUGUGC